CAACGCCUUUCGGAUUCAGAUGGGGAGGACAACGCCUCCGAAUCCAGGUCCCCUUUCUUGGACCGUCGGGGCAUCUUGUGGAAGAACGCGCUUGGCUUCUGGCUCCUGGGCCUUUGCAACAACUUCUCUUACGUGGUGAUGCUCAGUGCUGCACAUGACAUCCUCAAACAACAGAGGGCUCCUGGAAAUCAGAGCCAUGUGGACCCAGACCCAACAGCGGCCCCCCACAAUAGCUCAUCUCGUUUUGACUGCAAUUCUGUUUCCACAGCUGCGGUGCUCCUUGCUGACAUCCUCCCCACCCUCUUCAUCAAAUUGAUUGCUCCUUUUGGCCUUCAUCUGCUGCCGUACAGCCCUCGGGUUCUCGUCUGUGGAGUUUGCGCUGCAGGAAGCUUCAUCCUAGUUGCCUUUGCUCAGUCAGUGAGGACCAGCCUGAUUGGUGUGGUCUUGGCCAGCAUCUCCUCAGGCCUGGGGGAGAUAACCUUUCUUGCCGUUACCUCUUUCUACCCCAGGGGUGUCAUCUCCUGGUGGUCCUCGGGGACUGGGGGAGCAGGGCUGCUCGGGGCACUGUCCUACCUGGGCCUUACCCAGGCCGGCCUCUCCCCCCAGCACACACUGUUGUCCAUGCUGGGUGUUCCCGUGGUUCUACUGGCCAGCUAUUUCUUAUUGCUCACGUCCCCGGCACCCCCAGGUCCUACAGGAGAGGAAGAAGCAGACGCAGCAGCACGUCAGCCCCUGAUGAACCCUGAGGCCCCAGAAUCAAAACCAGCCUCGGACUCAAGCCUCUCUCUCCAGGAGAAGUGGACAGUAUUCAAGAGCCUCCUACCUCACAUCGUCCCUUUGGUGCUGGUUUACUUUGCGGAAUAUUUCAUCAAUCAGGGCCUGUUUGAGCUCAUCUUCUUCCGAAACACGUUCCUGAGCCAUGCCGAGCAGUACCGCUGGUACCAGAUGCUGUACCAGGCUGGUGUCUUCGCCUCCCGCUCGUCCCUCCAUUGUUUUCACAUCCGCCACACGUGGAUCCUGGCCGUGUUGCAAUGCCUCAACCUGGGCUUCCUGAUGGCAGACAUGUGGUUCGCCUUCCUGCCAAACAUCUAUAUUGUCUUCCUGAUCAUCGUGUAUGAGGGGCUGCUGGGGGGCGCGGCCUACGUCAACACUUUCCACAACAUUGCGUUGGAGACCAGUGACAAGCACCGGGAAUUUGCCAUGACUGUCGCCUGUAUCUCCGACACCCUGGGGAUCUCCUUGUCAGGGGCCCUGGCCUUGCCUCUGCAUGACUUCCUCUGCCAGCUCACCUGA